CUCUCCAAACAUAGGGUUAGUAACAGACCAAAGGCCAAGGGAACACUCAAAAGGCUAGGCAAAACAAAGAAAAAAUAACCCAAUUCUGAAUUAGAGCAGUAUUGGAGAGAUGGAAACAGGGAAAGUAAUAGUGGAGAAAGUAAGAGGAAAAUCAACAGUUACAAAGUGCUUCUCAAAGUAUCCCCUCAAAUUCAUCAUCCCCAGAAAGGUGGGUUCUUCUGAAAGUGAAGCUGUUUGGAUUUACACAAUCACUUAUGGUGGAGGAAUUGUCUCUGGAGAUUCUAUAGCAUGUGAUAUUAUAGUGGGAGAUGGUUGCACCACUGUUUUGACCACUCAAGCUUCUACCAAGGUCUAUAAAGCUGUGGAAUCAAAGUGUUCUGAACAAGUGUUGGAGGCAAGAAUAGGAAGCAAUGCCUUUUUGGCUGUAAUUCCAGAUCCAGUGACCUGUUUCUCCACCGCAAAAUAUUCUCAGAGGCAAGUGUUCAAAGUUAUGUCAGACUCAAGUUUGCUUAUUGUCGAUUGGAUAACUAGUGGCCGUCAUGAAAGAGGAGAAAAAUGGGAUUUUGAUCUUUAUAAGAGCACGAAUCACAUCUUUCAUGAUGGUGAUGAACCUUUAUUCCUUGAUACAAUAUUGUUAGAACAAGGAACAGAUGCAGGUCUUGCUGAGCGUAUGCAAGACUAUCAAGUGAUCGCGAUGGUGAUAUUAUUGGGGCCAAAGUUGAAGCAUGUCCAAAACCAAAUCCAGGAAGAUGUAAAGAAAAUAAUGUCUCAAAGUUUACACAUGAUUACAAUUGGUUCAAGACAGUACACUAGUAGACAUAAUGAUCAUCACUUGACCAAACCAAGUUUCCUUGCUUCGUGCAGCGUAUUUGGUCCAAAGGGAAUUGGUGUUGUUACUCGAAUAGCUGCCAUGACAACUGAAUCAGUCUACAAUUUUCUGCAACAUCAGUUGUCCAGUAUGGAGCCACUACUUGGUGUCUGUCCAUAUUCUUAAGCAAGUCAAUAAGCAUUUUCCUGUUCACUCAAAUGCCAUUCAAGUAUGAUCCUGUCCAUUUGGUCAAUACCCAUUUGCCCAUUUUGUUUGUAAUCCUCGUAUCUGGAGAAAGUUGUUUUUUUUUCCGAAUGGAGAAAGUUAAUUCAAUUCUAGUUCUGCAUCUGAAUUGAGAACCAGCAUUACUGUUUGUGUCUUGUUUUUGUACCAUUUGCAUAAUAGGCCAGCAUGGAAAUAAUGGAAGAUCUUUUGUUUGGAACUAGUUGAAAGGAACUUGUUCACUAGAAUUUUUCUCAAAGUGCAAAAACAAAUUAUUUGGAACUAAAUCCAGGAGAAUACUUUUUUUUUUCCUUGAGUUGGUUGCUCAAUAUCAUUGUACUUUUCUAUUAGUUCCUUUUGUUUCACUGAGCUUUGACGUGUAUUAAGAGUGUCUAUUUUCACUAACAUGAUCAUCCUAGUUGCAGGUUUGGAAUAACUUUUCUUUUCCGAUAUAAGGAGGAAAGUUCUCACUGUAAACUGUCCCGGCUAGGUUUGCCGUGGAUGGAUCACCAGCUUUUGAACAUGGGACAACGAUUAAGGUGGUUACUGUUUAUCGAGAUGGAGAAUAACUGUGCCAGAUCAAGAAUAUUAAAAUGAUGUCAUAUCAACAGGUCAUAACAUUCAACGUGAAUUGAAAAGUCUUAUUUGGGGCACAUCAUGUAUCCUGUAAUUUCAUUGUGAAUCUUUCCCCAGCAAGAAAUGAAUCUUUGAAUUAAGGAGUGGGGUGCAACUCAAAUUUACAAAUUGAUCAUUUCUGUAUUUAGAGCUUUGGGAAUUUGAAUUUCUCUUCUUUCCAGCUGCAAAAAUGUUGCCUCUUGUUUUCUUUUCCUGAGAAUGUAUCUUAGGUAAUUCGUAGUUAUAUGGCCUUCCAGUAAAUGUCUCUGAUUUUGUUUUGUCUU